CCACCCAAACCCCCCAGGACACAUGCCCAUGAUGACUACCUCAAGGUGAAGGUACUUCAUAAUACAGACAGCAAUAAUAAAACUUCAGUGAUGGUAAAUUCAGCCAAAAAGAGUUCAUCCGAGGAAGUUGAAUAUCUUUCGGUCAAAGACAGAAUUUCAAAAAUGCAGCAGCAAAGCGAUGGCACACCUCUGCCUCUGCCGGGAACAUCUUUUCUAACUGCUGGUAAAGAUUAUAAUGUUGAGCUGCGUCACACGCCACCUUCCAGGCCCCCACCGCCAAAAAUGAGACCCAACUCGGGUGGCAGUCUUUCUGUUUGUACCAAUACACUUACAAAAGGUCGUCCCUGCACGCAACCGCCGGUUUUUCAAGGGGAAGGCCCGAUUAUUAUUCCUGUUUCUCCGAAUCGUCAGCUCACUUCAGACUCCCAGUUCCC